ACUAAAAAGGGAAGAAAAAUAAUUAAAAUCAAUGGCGGCCACUGUCUCAUCUUCUUCAUCUACCCUUUCUGUUCAAAAUUUGUUAGAGAAUAUUCAGUCCAGAAGAUUACUGCGGCCCUCAACCCACGUAGUACCGCCGCCGGCAAGCAGCAACGUCAUCGACGGAAGGACGGCGGAGCCGGCCGCGGGCGGCAACGCAUUGGACGAGAAUGUAGUGAUGGUCCUAUCGGUCCUAUUGUGUGCCUUCAUUUUCACGCUCGGAUUGAACUCCAUCGUGCGGAGCUUGUUAAGGUGCUGGAACAUAAUCGCGUCCGGCGAAUUGCUGUAUUCCGAUCCGUCGGCGAGAUUGGCGAACACCGGAAUUAAAAAGAAGGCCCUCAAGAUGUUCCCGACGAUAAGCUACUCGAGCGAUGAUCUGAAGCUGUCGCCCGGCCUAGACGCAGAGUGUGUGAUUUGCCUGUCGGAAUUCGCCGCCGGGGAACGGAUCCGGAUCCUUCCGAAAUGCAACCACGGAUUCCACGUCCGCUGCAUUGACCAGUGGUUGACCUCUCACUCCUCCUGCCCUACGUGCCGCCACUGUCUCAUUGACACGUGUCGGAAGAUUGCUGGUUGCUCUGCUCAUGCCGGUGCUUCUUCCCCGCCGCCGCCGCCUGAGAGGAGAAUUGCGAGGAUGGAACCGCUCCCCCGUGAAGGAAUGGUGUCCCAUCAUUAAAAUUAGUUGAUUAUUACUAAAUUUCCGUGUGGAUGAAUUUUGAUAAAGUAAAUUUAAGUAAAGGUAUUGAAAUCUAGUGAAUUGAACCUUGUGGAGGCUUAAAGAGAGCAAAAGCAGAGUCUUAAAAAGGUUCUUGCCUAAUUGGUAUUUCGCACAUCAUGGCUUUACAAUAAUUAAAGAAUGAAAUGAACUGACAUUCAAAUGCCACAUUUAAUAAUCAAAGAUUUGGAAAAGGUGGGAAUUCAUAAAUGUUACCUCGUGUUUCACAUUAGAUUCUAGAUAACGUUUGAUAACUUAUCAGCAACUUUUUCAUCAAAUAUCUCAAUUUUGUUUUCGCGCGCUGAAUUGUACUGUAAGCAGAAAAAGUAAGGUUACAGUUACUUUUCUGACUGUAUUGGCUGAA